CAACAAUGAUUAUUCGGACCAGAACUCUCCAUCUGCUGCCGAUAAGCCAGUCGUCUCCUCCUCUUCAUCCCCUGUUCCUCUCCUUCGAAGAGAUAGAAAUUAGGGUUUCCAAGAUCUAGGGUUUCUCCAAUCUCUCCACCCAUGUCGAACUUCAGCGGCGACGAGACCGCCCCCUUCUUUGGCUUCCUUGGAGCCGCGGCAGCGCUCGUCUUCUCCUGCAUGGGAGCGGCGUACGGGACGGCGAAGAGUGGAGUCGGGGUGGCGUCGAUGGGCGUGAUGCGGCCGGAGCUCGUGAUGAAGUCGAUCGUGCCCGUGGUCAUGGCUGGAGUGCUCGGGAUCUACGGGUUGAUCAUAGCUGUGAUCAUAAGCACGGGGAUUAACCCCAAGGCCAAGUCUUACUACCUAUUCGAUGGAUAUGCGCACCUCUCGUCCGGGCUCGCUUGUGGCCUUGCUGGCCUCUCUGCAGGCAUGGCGAUCGGGAUUGUUGGUGAUGCAGGAGUCAGGGCCAACGCACAGCAGCCAAAGCUAUUUGUCGGCAUGAUUCUCAUUCUCAUUUUUGCGGAAGCUCUUGCCCUCUAUGGUCUCAUUGUCGGCAUCAUCCUUUCAUCUCGGGCUGGUCAAUCCCGUGCAGACUAAGAACACGUGCAGCUGGCCAUGUGCUCUCUGCUCUUCUUAUUUUCAUAUAGGACAUGAUUAAAGCUUUCUAAUUAUUUGUCAUUAUACUGCGAUUUAUUUAAGGACUUUGUUAUGAUUGGGGCCUCAAUUGUUUAACUUGUCUGCAGUCUUUUCUAUAAGGUGACGUUUUUUAUCUGCUUGUAAUGCAAGCUAAUGACAUUUUUCCGCACUUA